AUUUCUUGAAUUGUACACUGCAAAGGAAGACUUUAUAAUCAAGUAAAUAUUUCUUUUAUUCAUUCAAUAUAUUGCUUGCUUGAAUUAUAAACUAGCACUUGAAAGAAGAUCACAGGUUAUUAGCUAACCAAAUCAUUGUUUUUGUUCUUAUAAAGAUUUCUUGAAUCAUGAACACCCACAUGAAAGAACAUUAAAAGUAGCAUAUAUUAUUUUUAGUAAGAAAAAAAGAAGUCCUUUUUCUAAAGAAUAUAUUAAAGGGUUAUGGAAAAGAAGUGUGGGUGUUGGUCAGUUUUAAGAAGAAGUUUGAGCACUGGUUCUUGUAAGCCUUCUGUUGAAUCAAGAAGAAACUCAGCCACUUCUUUCCCAAGAACCAGCCUUGUUUAUGAUGCAGCAACGGAGACCCGUUACUUGAAUGCUAGCAACAGAGAGAUGUGUGCUCCCAACGAAGCACAAAAUUCUUCGGAUUUAAAUCUGAAUCCAAGUCAUGAGUUUUAUCAGUCGGAUAAGAAGCCAUGUCAACUUCUUCAGUUCAGUUUUCAUGAGUUGAAGUCAGCUACCGGAAAUUUCAGACCAGAUAGCAUAUUGGGUGAAGGGGGAUUUGGGUUUGUGUUCAAAGGAUGGAUUGAAGAAAAUGGCACAGCUGCUGCUAAACCCGGGUCUGGUAUCACGGUUGCAGUCAAGAGCUUGAAGCCUGAUGGUCUUCAAGGCCAUAGAGAAUGGGUGGCAGAGGUUGAUUUUCUUGGUCAACUUCAUCAUCCCAACCUUGUUAAGCUCAUCGGAUAUUGUAUUGAAGAUGAUCAACGACUACUCGUUUACGAGUUCAUGACUCGUGGAAGCCUCGAAAAUCAUCUCUUUAGAAGAACCAUACCUCUUCCAUGGUCUAACCGGAUCAAAAUAGCAACGGGUGCAGCAAAAGGGCUUGCGUUUCUUCAUGGUGGAACCGAGCCCAUUAUAUAUAGGGAUUUCAAGACGUCAAAUAUCUUGCUUGACACCGAAUAUAACUCGAAGCUUUCGGAUUUUGGUCUAGCAAAGGCAGGGCCUCAAGGAGAUAAAACUCAUGUAUCUACGAGGGUCGUUGGAACUUAUGGCUAUGCCGCCCCGGAAUAUGUCAUGACGGGACACCUGACAUCAAAGAGUGAUGUUUAUAGCUUUGGGGUUGUACUUUUGGAGAUCUUGACAGGUCGGAGAUCAAUGGACAAGAAACGCCCUAGCGGAGAGCAAAACCUUGUUAUGUGGGCCCGCCCAUAUUUAGCCGACAAGAGAAAAGUUUAUCAGUUAGUUGAUCCUCGGUUGGAACUAAACUACUCGGUGAAAGGAGUCCAAAAGGUCGCUCAAAUAGCAUACAAUUGUCUAAGCCGGGAUUCAAAGGCACGCCCCUCUAUGGACGAAGUUGUUAAGGCCUUGAUACCGUUACAGGACCUGAACGACAUCGCCAUUCUUUCUUACCAUGCCCGUAUGUCGCAACAAGGUAGGCGCAAAAAGAAACAACCCGAAGGGACUCAAAAUGUUACACGUAAUCAAACCAAGUGGUUUAACGAGUCUCCAAAGAGCUCGGGUAAACAACAAUGUAAAUAGAAAAUGUUGGUUUCGUUUUAAUUUGACGAGCAUACCUGUUCGAACAUAAGAACUUUGUGGUGUAAUUUUUGGGGUGCCAAAUAUAUAGCAAAGCUAAUGAUGGAUUAGUGACUUACAUUUUGUA